GGGUCUGCGCGUGCGCGGCCCGCAGAGCCCCAAGGUUGGCCAGCCGGGCUGCGAAAUCCCUCCCCGCCCAGGUGCCGGUCCUGCUCCGCCGCCGGCUCCAACAUGCCCUUUGACCUCAGGAGAUUUGACAUCUACAGGAAGGUGCCGAAGGACCUCACCCAGCCGACGUACACCGGGGCGAUCAUCUCUGUCUGCUGUUGCCUCUUUAUUCUGUUCCUCUUCCUUUCGGAGCUCACGGGAUUCAUAGCCACAGAAAUAGUGAACGAGCUGUAUGUCGACGACCCGGAUAAGGAUAGCGGAGGCAAAAUAGACGUCAGCCUGAACAUCAGUUUACCGAACCUGCACUGCGACUUGGUGGGGCUGGACAUCCAGGAUGAGAUGGGAAGACACGAAGUGGGACACAUUGAUAACUCGAUGAAGAUCCCCCUGAACAAUGGGGAUGGCUGUCGAUUCGAGGGACAGUUCAGUAUCAACAAGGUCCCUGGCAACUUUCACGUGUCUACCCACAGUGCCACAGCACAGCCCCAGAAUCCAGACAUGACUCACGUGAUCCACAAGCUCUCCUUUGGGGACAAGCUUCAGGUGCAGAACAUUCACGGAGCAUUCAAUGCCCUCGGAGGAGCAGACAAACGCAGCUCUAACCCCCUUGCUUCAUAUGACUACAUCUUGAAGAUAGUACCCACCGUGUACGAAGAUAAGAACGGGAAGCAGCGCUACUCCUACCAGUACACCGUAGCCAACAAGGAGUACGUCGCCUACAGCCACACUGGCCGCAUCAUCCCCGCCAUCUGGUUCCGCUAUGACCUAAGCCCCAUCACAGUGAAGUACACAGAGAGGAGACAGCCUCUCUACCGGUUCAUCACCACGAUCUGUGCCAUCAUAGGGGGAACAUUCACCGUGGCAGGGAUCCUGGAUUCCUGCAUCUUCACAGCCUCCGAAGCCUGGAAGAAGAUCCAGCUCGGGAAGAUGCAGUAACGUCGAAGCGCCACGCUCUCUCACCUGGGAACACGAAUGAAGGCUCCACAAUCCAUCCAUCCAUCCAACCAUCCAUCCAUCCCUUCUGGUUCUUCUUUCCUUUCCUUUCUGUUGGUCUCAAUCAGUUCUGUGUUUUGUCAGUUUAAAGGUCCGGGGGUAGGGUAGUCACUGUCUGAGAUUUUUGGUUUUCCACAUCUCUCCAGGGCCCACAGACCUCUCUUCAAGGCAGACUCGGAAUUAGGAAAGCAUUCCAGGGUAGAGGGUGAGGCGGCCCCUCCCUUUGGGGGUGAUGCCCCACCACCCCCUUUCCUCUGCUGCCAGGCCUGUUCGGGUAGCAGUCGGCACAUCUGGGUCGAAUUCUCAGCAAUGCUAUGACAAUCGCCCAACUCGCUCCUCCAGGGCACUUAUUGACAGGAAGAUGGGGGUGGGGAAAGGCUCUCUGGAGGGGUUGGGGGGAAAGGAAGUCCUGUUUCAGCCCCAGAGGAGGUUCCGGACUCAUGUCGGCAAAGAGCGGCUUCUCGGAACUUCCUCUAGACCUCCGUUGGGGGGAUCGUGCUGCUCUGAUUCCGGGCCUUGCAGAAGCAGCGUGGCGUGAAGGGGUGAGGCCGACGAGACCACCCUAAGUGUCCUCGGACAGGAGGACCGACCCCUGUGGCGCCUCUGUUAUGAAGUUGGGGGCCUGGACCCCGCCGGGCCCACCCUGAGAAUUGGGGGAAACUUGGAUUUCUUUUUCCCUUCCAGAGGCUAUUUCGGGCUGCCGAAAACUGCGGCCCCGGACAGUGGAGGCUCUGCUCAGCGUGCCUCCUCUCUUCCCGGCCUCCUGCUUUUCUCUCCCCUGGUGGGCCGCCCUCCUGACCGAGGGCCGGUUUUGGUUGCCGGGGGAGGCCGGUCGAGCCUCCAGCACGGGGCGAGGCCCGCGGGUGCAGGCGGAUGGUGGAUCCGGUCGAGCCAACAUCCCGUGGCCUUCCCGGGGAAGGAGAGCAGUGUCGAACGGUGUUUAAGACUUGGGGCUGUCUGCCAGUCUGGUCGUUUUUUUCUCCUGUUCCUUAAACUACCCUCUCCCCAGGGCCAGCGGUUCUGGGGGUCACCAGCCCCUCUCCGGAGAGGGAUUCCCUCCCCUGAACCCAACUCCUAAGGAACCAGUUUGCCAAAACGUGCAUCACUGGGGUGGGAGAGGGAGCGGAGGGGUCCAGAACUGACCUGGCCUAGAAGCGGGACCUAGGGAGCCCCCAGCUCCUCUAACGGGUUCCUCACUGGCGCCAGUUCAGUGCCAGGCCGCUGGAGUUUAUUGCCAACGUCGUAGAUAGAGCACAGGGAAGGCUUUCUCACCGUGGCUGGGUUACGGAGGCUCGCUCACCGCCCCCUACGCCCUUAGCUCACAGCAAUAACGGGUCCCCGCCGUCGGCACUGUGGUCCGUCUGGGGGCUUCCGAGAUAAUGGGCACCUGGCAGCUAGUGGCCCGUUGCCGGUGGCGACCCCCAGCCGGACUCGCCCCUCCGAGCGGCUCCUGCCUCCUCUUGCCCCCACGAGACACGCGUCUUCCGCUGCCCCCUCCCCGACAGCUCAGCACGGGGAAGGCGGUGCAGCCCCCCGGGCCUGACCGACAACCUAAAUGAAUUUCAAGGACUCCAGUCGACCCCAGCUAGAGAACCGCUCUCCCGCUUUCCAGCCGAAGUAAGAUCGUCUCCUCACUUUUUGUAAUUAGGGAGAAUGUCUGGUUGAAGUUCUUUUUAUAAUACAAUCUGUGACGUUUAUAAUUUUUAAUCUCCCAGCAACCUCUACGGAUUAAGACGCUGACUUAGAGAAACGCGUCCCCUUCCCCUCCCCCUUAUUAAUUGAGAUCAGAGUUGUAAACCGGAUCGAAUUAGUUCUCGUAUCGGUAGCUGUUUGGAUGGAUUUUUGUAAUACGUGGUUUUUUUUCCGUCUAGAAAUGAAGAUGGGAACAGUCCCUCUGUGGGUGGGGGUGUGGGCACGCGCGCGUGUGUGUGUACACGUACCCGUGUGGGAUGCAGAUGUGUGCCAAGUCCCUCUUUCAUGGAGUUUCUCCACUCGUGGACUGUCGGGAACUAAUAAAGGGAUGCCUCCGCCCCACGGGACCCUUAACAAAACCUUUUUAAAGGAAAUUGGUUCUCUCCCAAACCCACUGGGCUGAAAGUGAUUAAAAAGAUGUGAUUUUUUUUUUUUAA